AAUCAAGGAGGAUGGAAAAGAAGAAGAAGAAGACGAAUCUCACUCAAACACUCACACUCACACUCACACUCCCAGAUGAUGUGAUAGAAGAAAUUCUAUUGAGGUUACCUGUGAAAUCUCUUGUGCGUUUCAAAUGUGUGUGUAAGUCAUGGUUCUCUCUUAUUUCCAAACCCCAAUUUGCAAAAUCUCAUUUUGACCUAGCUGUCGCACCCACCCACAGAUUACUUACUGAUUAUAAGAGAAACCGUUCUUUAGUUGGAUCCAUAGAAAUAGAUGCAGGUGAUUCUGCUCUGUUACACCUUGCUGUUCCAUAUCCACCAUCCUGUUCCGUUUAUCGUAAUAAAUUUGAAAUUUUAGGUUCUUGCAGAGGCUUUAUACUUUUAGGGUAUCAUAAGAAUGAUAAUCUCAUGCUAUGGAAUCCAUCAACUGGAGCCCAGAAACCAAUAUUACGCUCUCAUAACUACUAUUCGGAGAGAGCUCUAUAUGGUUUCGGGUAUGAUGCAUCAACUGAUGAUUACUCGAUUAUUAUGAUUUUUUCGGGCGAUCGGGCUAGUUGGGAAACAUACACCAUCGUUUUUUUCUCCUUGAAGACCAAUUCAUGGACCAGAAUUGGGAAUAUCGAUUUUCCAUACUGGGUUACCCCGAAGAGAUACAGAUCUGGGGUACUCUUAAAUGGUGCUCUUCAUUGGUUGAUCUUUUCUAAGGGUCAACCAAUAUCUCCUGUGAUUAUUGCCUUUGAUUUGAAAGAAAGGAGUUUAUCAGAGAUUCCUGUGCCUUGUAAAGUCUUCAUACCAGUGUUUUAUGAUAAUUGUCACUUGGCGGUAAUAGGAGGAUGUCUCAGUCUGUGUUGUUGGCCCAUUUACAGUGAUAGCGACAGCGACAGUGAUAGCGAUGCAAAGAUUAAGAUAUGGAUGAUGGAAGAAUAUAAAGUUCAGUCAUCUUGGACUGAGUCCAUUAAUCUGACCACUCCUCACAUUGCUAGCAAAUAUAUUAUGCCGAUAAGCUUUACCAAAGAUCUUGUAAUUGUUGGAUCAAAUGCAGAAGGAAAAUUAAUUAAACUGAAUGAUAAAGGAGAGUUGCUUGAGCUUUCCAAACAUACUGUGCGGAUUUUUAAAGAGAGUUCACAAUAUUUUACGUAUAGAGAGAGUCUGCUGUCGCUCCCUAGAGAAAUUGGGGAAAACGAGGGAAGAUGAUCAAUAGUGACAGAUAUGAAGAAUUAAGGCCACCAAGUAUGCAAGAGGACUUUGGUUUGAAAAGGGAGAAAGAGUCAAUUGCAGUGGUUUUCACUUUGCUGCAAUGACGUUGACAGCCAACGUGCCUUAUAUUUCAUCCUUCUUUCCAGAUUCCUGAUCCUGUCCAAAACUUUUUUAGUAGUAGUAGACUUUGUUUAGAGAGAUGUCAUUUCUUUUGUUAUUUACC